UUGAUAAGUAACAUGCUUGCUUGUAGAGCUUGCAAAACUGGUCAAUUUUAACGAGUUUUGUAGCUAGCUCCCUAAAUUAACAGCAUUAGGGAGUUAAGCAUGGAACCAGUGGAUCUCUCCACUUGUGUCGCAAUAAGCAGUAGCUUGGAACAAAUUCUUAAAGGCUCAUUUGGACCAAAUGCUUUGCAGUGUAUGAUCACUUCUGCGAGCGGCAACAUCUUGAUAUCAAGCGAUGGCGCUACGAUUCUGAAAUCAUUACAUCUGUCGCAUCCCGUAGGCAGGAUAGUUAUCAAUAGCGUUUUGGCGCACUGCAAACUGACUGGUAGUGGUGCAAAGACUUUUAUACUGAUUGUCACUGAAGCACUACGGUGUAUGCGGUGUUACUGUAGUCAGAAUCUGCUGAAAUUAUCACAGGCAUUUUACGAGAUCCAGACAAGGAUUUUACCGAAUAGCAUAAUUCCACAACUCAUGGAAAAUUCUACGUUGAUUGAGAUUAAAAAUAGAUCAGACAUGAAAAAGGCUUGUAUUAAUAUCGUACGGACGUCAAUGAAUGGAAAGCUCAAUCAAGGUGCUUUGGAGAUACUUGCAUCGUUAACUACAGAUCUUAUUUUCAAAAACUGCAAGAAUACAAUGAAUUUACACAAAAAUGUUCUUGAACUGAUUGACAAUUUUGAUAAUUUUUGUGUUAAAGCUGUCGGUCUGCCAAAAUGUGAAUCCCGGAUUGUUCCAGGAAUGCUCCUGGAACGAGAGUUUCUGGUGCAGUCUGAUGUAGCUAAAUCACUUGAUGAAAGUCAUAAGUUUAUCAUCAUGGAUUGUAUCCUUGGUGAUGAAAAACCUGAAUCUCAAGCGACUUUUUCCUUUAAACAUGACGAAGAUUUCCAGAAUGCCUAUAGACAUCAGAGUUCAUCGGUUCAAACAUUUCUUCAUCAUUGUAAAAGGAAUAAUGUUCAACUUAUAAUUUCUACAAACCGUGUAUCUGAGAUGGCAUCUUUCUUCUGUAAGACAUUUGGAAUUUCUGUAAUACACUUCGUUGCCAUGGAAGCAGCUUCUCACCUUGCCAGAUUGUCUCGUAUUCAUAUGAUUCAUAGUAUUGAGGAAUUAUUAUCCGGUGACAAUAUCGGUGAUGCCAAAUACUGUAGAUUAUUCAGCCUAGGCUCUAAGAGGUACAUACAUAUUUGUUUGGAAGGAAAUAAUGGUGACGUCCACCAGGCUAUAGUGUGCGCUCCAAUACAAGGUUUAUGUAAUCAGUAUUAUAUGGCAGUGUUAAGCAGUGUGAAAACAAUCAGAAUGUGGCUGGACGGCAAAACCGUACCAUUGUCCUCUGAUCAGUUGCAUCAACCAACAAAUAUAUCUGAUACAGUGUCGCGGAAUUGUUACAAUACGGCUGCAUGUAUCGCAGGAGGUGGAUAUACUGAAUUGUUACUACAUAAAAUUUUCACAGAAUACUCUGCGACUGUAUCCAAUACACUGAUCAAACAGGCUUGUAUGAUACUGAGUAAAGCACUGCUUUAUAUACCUAUGACUUUACAUGAAAACAGUAAUUCAAUCAAAUCUCGGCACAAUUCAUUUUUACGCUUGUUACCAGAAAUCGAAUCAAAGCUACGAUCUCGUAGAGUGGUUGGAAUUGAUACUAUGUCUGGAGAGUUGUGGGAUAAUAAAGACACGAUUAUCGUAGAACCAAUUGUUAGCAAAUAUCUACUGCUAAAUAAUGUGUUAUUGUUAUUACAGCAGCUACUUAGACUUAAUGUUAUUGUAGGUGUAACUAAAAUACCAGACACAGAUUCAGACCAAUCAGAUGAUUAA